AUGUCGGACUCUGUGGAUCGUGUCUUCGUCCACGCUCUGAAUACCGUCAAACGCAUCCCGCGAACCGGCACCGCUAGGCCCCCGGCGUCGGAGAGGUUGAAACUCUAUGGCUUGUAUAAACAGAGCAUGGAGGGGGACGUCGAAGGGGUGAUGGAUCGACCGGUCGGAAACACGGCGGAUGUAUACGCAGAGUGUGAGAAAUGGGAUGCAUGGUUCGCCCAACGAGGUCUAUCUCGAACCGAAGCAAAACGACGAUACAUUUCCACAUUGAUCGAGACCAUGCACCGCUAUGCAUCGCAGACGCCCGAGGCGCGCGAACUCGCCUCAGAGCUCGAGUUUGUCUGGGACCAGAUCAAAUCUAAUACCUCCGCGUCGGUAGCCUCGUCGUCGAUGUCGUCCUCCUCAUCUAAUUCCGCUAAAAACCCCGUGGGUGUGCUGCCUCUGUCGCAGUCGCAGACGCAGUCGAGAUACGGUAGUAUCGGUGGUCGGUUGGCCCGGUCCGAGUACGAUCAUUUGGUGGCCACCGCCCGGGGGAAUUCCAAACUCCGUGUUCUCAGUCCAGUGAGUCAACCGGAGGAGGUGUAUCGUCGAGGGUCCCAUGGACAUCUCGGGUCACGGCCAAUGCGGGAUGAUAUGGAGGAUGCGGAGGAGGAGGAAGAGGAGGAAGAAGAAUAUGCGGAAGCGCAAGACAAUCUCUCCGAGGACAACGAUGACAACGAUGAUGAUACCCACGACGAUCACCACGAAGCCGACGUCAAUCGUUCACGGGGCUCGCACGCAAUCUCCGAAAGCAGUGACGCGAGGGAGUCGUCGCCACAACACAGCUCGCCCGGUAGGCAGAAUCGACGAUGGCGACGGCGAGUCGAGCAGGCCUUGACGAAGAUGACGGCCGAGAUCGCGGCAGUGCGUGAACAGAUGGAGGCGCGGGCGCUGGCGCAUCGACGUCGAACCAGCGUGUGGGCGUGGCUGAAGUGGUUGGUGUGGGGGGCAUUUCGACAGAUCCUCUGGGAUCUGACGCUGUUGGGGAUGAUGUUGAUCUGGAUGCGGAUGCGAGGGGAUCGACGAUUGGAAGAGAAGCUGAGGAUGGGAUGGUCGGAGUUGAAAAGUCGAUUGGCGAGGUGGAGGGGGUUACGAAUUACUUUUCCUUAA